ACCUGCCCGGGACCAUGAAACUCCUCAGAUACAUUUUGGCUUAUCGUCGGUUUCUCCUUAUAGUUUCUGCUCUUUUGGUUUUACUGCCCUUGCCUCUCAUCCUCCGCGACAAGGAAGCAGAAUGUGCCUAUACACUUUUUGUUGUUGCUAUACUUUGGCUCACAGAAGCUUUGCCUCUGUCGGUAACGGCUUUGCUGCCUGGUUUAAUGUUCCCUAUGUUUGGGAUCAUGCAAUCUAAGGAGGUGGCAUCUGCUUAUUUCAAAGAUUUUCACCUCCUCCUAAUUGGAGUUAUUUGUUUAGCAACAUCAAUAGAAAAAUGGAAUUUGCACAAGAGGAUUGCUCUGAGAAUGGUGAUGAUGGUGGGUGUGGACCCAGCAUGGCUGACGUUGGGGCUCAUGAGCAGCACUGCCUUUUUGUCUAUGUGGCUUAGCAACACCUCUACUGCUGCCAUGGUGAUGCCCAUUGUGGAGGCUUUGGCACAGCAGCUCAUCAGUGCUGAAGCAGAAGUCGAGACCACUCAGAUGACUUAUUUCAAUGGAUCUUCCAACCUUGGACUGGAAAUUGAUGGAAUUGUUAAUGUACAUGAAACAAACGAGAGGCAAGAGAACACAAAACCAGUUGAAGGAUACAGUAAUGAUGCAGGGAAAAUUUCAAGCGAAAUGGAGUUGGAAAAGAAUUCAGGCACAGAAAACAAAUAUCGAACAAAGAAGGACCACAUGAUGUGUAAGCUUUUGUGUCUGUGUAUUGCUUACUCUUCUACCAUUGGCGGACUGACAACGAUCACUGGUACCUCCACCAACUUGAUCUUUGCUGAGCAUUUCAACACACGCUACCCUGAUUGUGAUUGCCUCAACUUUGGAUCAUGGUUUAUACUUUCCUUCCCAGCUGCUAUUAUUAUUCUACUCUUGUGCUGGAUCUGGCUUCUGUGGCUUUUCCUGGGACUCAAUUUUAAAGAAAUGUUCAAAUGUGGCAAAGCCAAAACAGUCAAACAAAAAGCUUGUGCUGAGGUGAUCAAGCAAGAAUACGAAAAACUUGGGCCAAUAAGGUAUCAAGAAAUUGUGACAUUGGUCCUCUUUAUUAUAAUGGCCCUGCUAUGGUUUAGCCGUGAUCCAGGAUUUGUUUCUGGUUGGUCUGCACUUUUUUCAAAGUACCCUGGUUUUGCUACAGAUUCAACUGUUGCCUUACUUAUCGGACUCCUAUUCUUUCUUAUUCCGGCUAAGAUAUUGACUAAAACUACACCUACAGGAGAAAUAGUUGCUUUUGAUUACUCUCCACUGAUUACUUGGAAAGAAUUCCAGUCAUUCAUGCCCUGGGAUAUAGCCAUUCUUGUUGGUGGAGGGUUUGCCUUAGCAGAUGGCUGUGAGGAGUCAGGACUAUCCAAUUGGAUAGCAAAUAAAUUAUCUCCUCUAGGUUCGUUACCAGCAUGGCUAAUAAUCCUCAUAUCUUCUUUGAUGGUCACGUCUUUAACAGAGGUAGCCAGCAACCCAGCUACCAUUACUCUCCUUCUCCCAAUAUUGUCUCCACUGGCUGAAGCCAUUCAAGUGAACCCUCUUUAUAUUUUGAUACCUUCUACUCUGUGUACUUCGUUUGCAUUCCUCCUACCAGUAGCAAACCCACCCAAUGCUAUAGUUUUUUCAUAUGGCCAUCUGAAAGUCAUUGACAUGGUUAAAGCUGGACUUGGUAUUAAUAUUGUGGGUGUUGCUGUGGUGAUGCUUGGCGUGUCCACCUGGAUGGUACCCAUGUUUGACCUCCAUACCUACCCUUCUUGGGCUCCUGCAAUUAGCAAUGAGACCAUGCCAUGACAAACACAAAAAUUCUCACUCUUCUGUGAUAACUUUUGGGAACCAUUAAGAAUUCACUAUAAAAUAUGGCUCAUGACUUAAAUCGGUCAUGGUGUAGCUGCUGCAGUUCCAGCAAACACCCAAAACCUGCUGUCAUAACUCAGAGUCCAUAUUUCUUUUGAGAUGUCACCAAGGAGCAUCUAUGUGCCUUAAUCAAGAAGCCCAUGGUUGAGAUUUUGCUCAAGGACCAUCGCAUCUUGCUUCAUCAUAAGAAUAAUUUAUAACUUGACCUUCAAAGAGAUUAGGCUUUUUGCUUCAUCUCACUGUUGGAAUUCAGUGUAAAAUUUCAAACAUCAAUUUAUUAUUUCAGAAACUUCCCAUGAAGCUAAAAAUAGAAAAUAAAAUAUACAAGUUAGUUAGUUACUUGAAUAAAUGUUUCUGUAGUGUCAUUCAAGAGAAUUUGCUGAAAAACCAAAGCCAUGGUCAUCUGGCAGUGCAGAAAAAGUUUAAUCUAAGUGAUAUGUGCAUUUCCUCAUUUAAAAAAUCCAGUGGGGUUAUCUUAAUAUAUACAUAUAGUAUGAAAAUUGAAAUUUAAUUGGUAAUUCCAAAAUUGUAGCUGAAUGUACUAAAUAACAAAAAAGUCAUGAAUAAAGAUUAAUUUCUACAUGACCCUAUAGUUAGUUUAAUAUAAUUCAUACCUUUAUGAUCUCAGUGCACUGAGAAAUGCAUUUUGUAGAGAUAUGGAUAAGGCUUACAAAUAGUGAUUUGCACUAUUAGUACAGUAUAGAUAGAAAGGAAAGCUAUAAAAAUAUUAAUGCAGUUAAGUAUAUGCAUAACAACUUCACUUAAGUGUUUACCUUAUUUCAGAAAUACAUAAUGUCAUAUGUAAAAAAAAGAGAUGUAGAAAUUUAAAUAAAUUAUCACCGUGUAUAUAGACAUAGAAAAAAGUCACAUAACUAUUAUAUCAAUAUCAAAA